CACGCCGACGCGAACGGAACCCGUAAUCCGGAAGCCUCCGCGAAACCAAAGCCAGCCCGCUCUCGAAGCCCCCGCGGCAGGUGAUGGUGUUGGGCCGAUGAUAGUAGCCGCAGAGAUCGAGCGCAGGACAUCAUUCAACUAAGCCGCCAACGUCCUCCAGGAGUGCGUGUCAGUGAGUGCGUGUGCGUGAGCAAGAACCAGGACUCGGUUGGACCCGGUUCUUUGCCCCUCCCCCAAGUGUUGGCCCCAGGCUUACGGUACCAGUAGUUGGUCUCGCAGAUCUCCCACGGUAUAAUCCCCGGCCUGCCGGACGAUGCCGGCCUUCGUUUCCGUUGCGCUGGUCCUACUGGCGGUGCACUUCUGCCGGGCGGAAGUCGAGUUCGAUGGCAGCGUACGCAGCAAGCGCGGCCCGACCGUUGGGCUGUUUGCGUUUCCUCGCGUCGGUCGCAGUGAUCCGGACGUCGGCUUUGACUGGGAUACGUCCGGACCGGUCGACGUGUCGGGCGAUGACUACGACGACUAUCCACUGAAGGAGAUCAAGCGGCAGGGGCUGGUGCCGUUCCCGCGGGUGGGUCGUGCCGGCAAGCAGGAUCCGCCGUCCAGCUACUGGCAAGUGGCUCGAUCACUGCAGCAGCAGCAGCAGCAGCACCACCACCAGCAGUUGCUGAAGCGCGCCGGUGGCUCCGGGGCCAACAGUGGCAUGUGGUUCGGGCCACGGCUCGGCAAGCGUGCCGACCCGAUCCAGCAGCAGAAGGGAGACCAGAUAUAAGUGGCCAUGUUUCCGAGGCUGUUCGUGUGUGUUGUUUACCCCGUUCGUUUCCUCCAACCCGCGUGUCGGGAGAUUGCAGUCCGCGUCGAGUAGGUCGAGAGAGAGAGAGAGAGCUCGGACCCGAAUCUCGGUCUGGGCUACCCGAAAGGAACGGAUCACCGUCGGCGUGUGCCAUCGAGGAAUGUGUUAGGCUGGAGGCAGCUGCAGGUCGGCGUCGAGUGGCGGACGGACGCCGGCGUCGCGGCUGCUUAUUCCUCAGGUCGCGCGGCGACGAUCUCGUUUCUUUUGACGCCUGGCCAGUCCUACGCCACGGGAGAUGAUCGUCGGAUGUUACUUCACUUCACCACUGCACCAGUCCCGACCGGAACUACGCACAAUGCAAUCACACACACAUACAAACGCACACACACACACACACAUGCACAUACAGCUUGGAAACCAGGAGGAGUAGGAGGUAGGCCAUCUAGGACGCUGGCAAUGAUAAACUAUAGACACAGAUUUGUGGCACCUCUUGUGAACGUUGUUGUAAAUAAAAAUACUCAU